UCAGAUUAUGCUGCCAUAAAGCAGGCAGACUGGAAGGAUGAUGUUUCAACUAUGCGCCAAGAACUUCUUCGUGAAAUUAAAGAACAUGCACUAUAUCAGCUACGGGAGCAACUUUCAAUGAGUCUUACUACAGAAAUGGAAAUAUCAAAAGUUAUGGAACAUCCAAACGACGUAUGGGGUCGUAUUAGCAGUGUGAUAAAGAGAGAGAGUGAAAGAGCUGAAUCCGCCAUUGUUGAUAUAUUUGGGGUGGAGAAGGAAGAAGUUGGUCGAAUCAUAGCUGAUUUAAAGCAACACGCUGCAAACAGGGUGGAGACCUUUUUCAAAGAUGAAUCUCGCUAUGUCGCCACGCUCAUGAAAAAAAGGUUCGUCUUUGCUUUAUUUGCCUCCAAGUCCCCGACUAUUAAGGAGGCGUACAGUCAGUGUUUGGAUAUCUUGUCCACAAUGGCUGUAAUACGUUUAGAUAACAACCACGACGGCGUACGAAGACUGCUAUAUUCUGGACUCAUGGAUGCCCAUAAGAUUUCACCAGAUCCUCUUUCUUCAAUCACAUGGGAAAAGGUCCCUUCACAAAAGACUUUGAUCACUCCAAUUAAAUGCAGAGAUAUCUGGAAUAAGUUUAAACUGGACAUGGAGCUUCGUCUCGCCAACGAUAGAUUGUAUCGAUAG